AUGAUGAUGAUGAUGAAUAACCUGAACAAGACCAAGGAAACCAUCACCCAACCGAACCUGCAAUCCGACAUCGACCCAAUGGGAAAUGCCAGUUCUAAGGGAAGAUUGGAUAAGCAGAGUGAGAAAAUUGCAGUUGCAUUCAAUGAGAUCGAGAAGAAAGAUGGUGGAAAGGAGGAGUGUGAUUGCAAACAAGGAUUGUGUUGGCAGGCUGAUUGUCCCAGUUGUGGCAACAAAAAUUGA